GAUACAUGAUUCCUAUAUUUCACAAAACAAAUAUGCAAAUUAGUGCAGGUGAAGCAGGCUUUGCAAACUAUGCAUAAGUUGUGGCAAUGAUGGCAAGGUUUCUAAAAAUGGUAUAGCCACGAUAUCAAUAUUUUUGGAGUGUCUACAAUAUUGUAAAACGUGAAGAAACCACAACUGUAAUUUGAAAGUUCAUCACAUGAUGGAUAAGCCCAAAAGCUUGAUCAAGAAGAGUUUACAAAAAGAGAAGCAGAUUGUUGUGCAUCCACUGCCACUGAGAAAACCUUCUGUCACACCUUCAAAUGCUUCUGGUUUGUACACUCUACCUUUACUUCAACCUUCUUUCAAAUUCUUGGCAAUUAAUCAACCAAAUUCAACCAACUCAUCACGUGGAGCUUUGUCAAUGAAGGAAGAAACUAAGAGCGUUGAACCAUCAUCAAGUGAGGUCAGAAACAUGACCUACAACUACAAGCUACAAGAAAUUCCAAAAAGUGAUAAGUUUAUGGAAGAGGGAUUCAAAUGCAGUGCACUUUGCAUGCCUCUUCCAGGGUUUGGGAAAAUAAAGACAGUUAAAGCAAGAAAAAAGGAAACCCAAAUGCAUGCAGUGAACCCUGUGCUAUCAUUAUCAAAGCCAAGCUCUUUGGAAAAGUUUGAACGUAGUUGCCUGGUUUCACAAGUCAGAGUUCAUGAAAACGAAGGAGAUAACUCCAUAAGUUCCUACUUUGAUCUUCCAUCCGAAUUGUUUAAAUUCAGCAGCCAUAAUGCAUAACCUGGUUACGUGCGAGAAGCAAGGAAAUUAACGUUUGAGCAUGAG